AUGGGUUGCCCUCGAGAGCGAGCUGCUGUCGCCAAUGUGUUCAUCGCCUCGCUCUUCCUCCUAGCUGGUCAAGCCGGCGGCGGUCACUCUCGCGGGGCUGCUGCUGUGGCGUCCGCGGAUGACGACGACCCCUGCUCGGAGGAAGUGGUGGAGGUGUUCCAGGGCAGCGCCGGGAGCCUGCCCAACGGCAUCCCGUCCUACAGCGUGACCAUCACCAACACGUGCCUGGACUGCACCGUGUGCGACGUCCAUGUCUCCUGCGGCGAGUUCGCCUCCACGGAGGUCGUCGACCCCAGCGAUUUCCGGCGCCUGUCGUACGGCGAUUGCUUAGUCAGGAACGGUGGACCGAUCGGCCCCGGCGAGACCAUCUCCUUCCAGUACUCCAACUCUUUCGUUUACAAAAUGGACGUCGCUGCGGUCUCAUGCGUCGACGUAUAGGUUGGUGUUGUCAUGUCCCGUCAGGCCGUCCGUCACCCGUGUGUGUCUUGUCAGCGCCGUCGUCCUCCCCAGCCUGCGCUUUGCCUUUGUUGAGAAUUUGCGAUGGUGAAGUACGUGAGAUUUCUUUGUUUAAUUGCCUAUUGAAUGUAAACGAAUACGUUCUCUAAUGCAUUUA